AUGUCUCAGACUCCGUUGGAAAAAUGCUGUGAGUGCAUCAUCAACAUUUUCCACCAAUACUCCGUCAGGGUGGACCAUUUCGAUAUGCUCAGCAAGGGAGAGCUGAAGAAGAUGGUGGAGGAGCAGAUGCCCAACUUCCUGAAGGGACUUGAGAGGAAGCAGAAAAAGAAGGACCCCAAGUUUAUUGACAGCCUAUUUGAAGAGCUUGACAAGGACAAGAGCGGACAGAUCACAUUUGAAGAAUGCCUUGUUUAUAUUGGCAGAGUGUUGAUAGCUUGCCAUGACCACAUCCACGGUCAUGGCCACAGCCACAGCCACUAA